GCACCUCAGCAUACCGCCGUUUAACCUCUCUCGGUUUCCCUCAGCUUCGAGCGCGCUUCUUUCUUCGUCUCUCUCACGAGAGCAGAAGGAAAGACCAUGCCGAAGGGUCGAAGCUCCGCCCGGAGCGCCACCGCGCGCGGCGGAAGAGGAGGCGGAGCCAGCGAGCUGGACGACGCCGAGGUCGGUUUUGCGAAGCUCCAGGGCGAGGACUUCGAGUACUACAUGCAGACCUACUCGAUAAUCUUGGGGAGGAACAGCAAGAAAUCGGAGGUGGACGUCGACCUGGCGAGCCUCGGUGGCGGGAUGAACAUAUCCCGCCACCACGCGCGCAUCUUCUAUGAUUUCUCGCGCCGCCGCUUCGCCCUCGAGGUCAUCGGAAAGAAUGGAUGCGUGGUGGAAGGCGUCCUCCACGUGCCCGGCACGGCCCCGGUCAAGCUCGAUUCCCAGGACCUCCUCCAGAUGGGGGACAAACAGUUCUACUUCCUUCUCCCCUCCCGAUCCAUCUUCGAUACCUCCCGGAUCGUCCGUCACCCCUUCCGCCCCACCCUGCCGGCGCCCGGGGGCCGGCCAGGGUCGUCCGACCACGGGAGGGGUGGCUACGGCGUCCGCGACGAUGGAGGAGACGACGAGGAUGAUGAGGAAGAAGAGGGGGACGAGGAAGAGGAGGAUGAGAAUGAGGAGGAGGGGCAGGGGGAGGAAGAGGAGGAGGAUGGGGAAGAGAUGGAGGAGGAGGUGAGGCAUGCCGUGGCUCGGGGGCCACGAAAGAGGACGCGGGGGGGUCCGGGUGAUGGCCGGAUGGAAAGGCGCGGCCGGGUGGCUCAGGCAGGACCAUCCGGGCAUCUGGUCAAAAAGUCAGAGGUAAGGUCAAGGGCCGACAGAGAAGCAGAUAAUCAACAACUUUUGCUGCUGGAAGAGAAAGAUGUCAUCUCAACUGUAGCUACUGUGCUUUCUGAUCUUUGUGGUCCAGGAGAGUGGAUGCCCAUGGAUAAACUUCGUGCAGAGCUAUUUGAGCAAUAUGGAAAUAUAUGGCAUCAUGGUAGGGUAAGAAGAUAUCUAACAUCUGAGGAAUGGCCAGAGAGUGAAACUAAAGGUAGACCAUGGUUCGGCCUGCUGACACUGCUAAGGAAAUAUCCUGAGCACUUUGUGAUUAAUAUUAGGUCAAAGGGGCGGGUGACAUCAGAGUUUGUGUCGUUAGUUUCUUUGAUUUCAUAAUGAUCUCCUGGAAUUGUCAUUUAAGUUGUGUGGUUAUCAAACAACAACUGGAAGUUGUAUUAACUGAUAUGUUGGUGUUUCUAGUUUCCUUUUUGUUCCUAUAUUUGAGAGGAACCUUACUUUAAAAUAUGGUUAUAAGCGUCAUGAGUUGUUGGUUCCUGGAUUAUGUCUCAGAAUAAUGAAUGUCAGGAAUGCGUUUAUUGUUUUGUA